AUGUCGGAAUCUCCUCGUGGCUAUUCACUCAUCCACACCAUCACACAACGCGAUGCAUUUGUCACCAAACUUCUCAAUGAUGUACACUUGCCAACACAAUUGCACUCUCAACAUUAUCUUUCAGUUCGUGGACACGCCACAAUCGUCAACUCUCUCAUUCUUUCUCGGCUUUGGCACGUCCUUUGUCUCGUUUGGUUUCCAAAGACCUUCAUUAACACUCUACGGUCUAUUGUUGGUAAUUUUGUUAUGCGCCCCAUGUUUUCAAGAGUAAAAUAUGCUACAUUAUGUCUUCCAUGGUCUGUUGGGGGGCUGGAUCUCAUAGAUCCGGCUGCUUUACAGUAUGCUCUUCAACUUCGAUGGCUUAUUCCUCUUCUCUUUCCUGCUUGUGCCACACUCUAUAUUCCUAUCCGUUGGCUGUGCGCUCAUAUUUCUAUCUCUGUCACCUCUCCCAAGUGGCGUCUAUGUGGUCACUCUAACCAGACUCCUGAACAUUUCCUUGUUGAGUGUCCUCUCAUUUGGCAAGUUUGGACUAUGACCAUGAGCAGGUGGAUACCACAGUGGCCAGCCCGACCGUCCACAAUCCUUCGUGCCUUUUAUGCUCUCACCCUCUCGCCCUCUCCUCCUCAUAUUGACUCGUAUUAUGUUUUGGAUGGUGUUCUUGCCACAGUAUGGAAAGCGUACUGGCGCAAAAUUUUUGACAAUGUACCUUUUGUUUCUGCCAAUAUAGUUGUUUCUGUGAACAAAUUACUUCAAUUUUUCUUUCAGUCUUCCCAUCUCCUAGACUAG